AUGGAUCUCUCAAAGCUCACCAAGAAGUCCUUGGACUCACGGGGUCUAACUUACACUUACUACACCUCUUCCGCGUCUGGCUCGAAACCCACUCUGGUACUUCUUCAUGGUUGGCCUGAUAAUGCGCAACUCUGGGCUGGUCUUAUCAACAACUUUCUCAUCCCGCGCGGAUAUGGAGUUGUCGCUCUCGAUAACUUAGGAUACGGAGAAACCUCGAAGCCCACGGAUCCCAAGCUUUAUGCUUGGAACCACCUCACGAGCGAUGUGAUCCGUAUUCUGGAUGCGGAGGGAUUGGAUACCGUUAUAUCGGUCGGUCACGACUGGGGAAGUUUUCUCUGCCAACGUCUCUACAACUUUUACCCAAACCGCGUGCGCGGUUUAGUCACAGUGAGCAUUGCCUACUCACCGCCGACCACAGCCUUCAACCUGGACAUGGCAAACCGAGUCACAAAGGAUAUAUACGGCUAUGGUUUACUCGAAUAUUGGCACUUCUUCACGGCGGACGACGGGGCCAGGCUAAAGAAUGAGAACCUCGAAUCGGUUUAUGCGGUUGCCUUUGGCGACCCGCUGACUUGGCGACAGAACUUCUGCAGCCCCGGGGGCAUGCGGAGAUUCAUCAGCGAGGGUCGCACGCAGCCGACGCUGCCAUUCGCCACAUCUCAACACAAGGAGGAGUUCAUGAGAAGAUUCGGCAAGGACGGCUUCGAAGGCCCUUGCUGUUGGUAUAAGGCGCAGACCUUUGGUGUCCAAAAUGAGGCCGACGCACUGGUGGCCGACAACGCCAAAGUCUUGGUGCCGGUGCUUUACUGGGGUGGCCAAGACGACCAGGUCUGCAAGCCCGAAGCUCUACAGCCAAGCAUCAACGCCGGUCUCCUCCCUGAAGUCACUAGCAAAGUUAGGGAGGGUGGACAUUGGGCUCUUCUUGAGAACCCGGUCGAGUUUGGUCAAGAUGUCUUGUCUUGGCUGGAGAAACAUUUCUAA